AUCGUCUUUAGGUGCCUUUCAGAUUACAGUAGGCGAAUGCUGUUUAUGAACAGAAGUCUAUUGUUUGACUGAUCUGAAAUAUUUCAAGACCAACAUGAUGUUGCUUUUGAUGUUAGUGGUUUUGAGCUUUAAAACAGCAUAUUCCAUAGACUGCUAUAACUGUGCAAGCGUGAAAAACAUAUCAGAUUGUCAACAGUUGACAACUUGCUCGUCCGAUGACUAUUGUUACACUGACACUUCUGGAAUUGGGGAUCAAACGAGAUUCACUCUGGGUUGUCGCUCAAAACAGGUUUGUCUCUCUGCGACGACAACGGCAUCAUCACUGUCUAUAAUUGGCAGAUCAUUGCCAAAUAAUCUAGAUUGUAGCCAAUGUUGUGCUGUUGAUUCCUGCAAUAAGUAUCUAUGUACGACUGGCACUCAUGUCGUGAAUAGUAUCGGGUGCGAAGAUGAUCCAAAUUACAAUUGUUCACUAAUGAGUUCAGUUUUCAGCGUAUGCACAGAUGUUCAUCACGCAAUUCUUGUAUGUCGAAAAUUCUGUGGUCUUUGUAUAACAGUGUUUGGUAAUUGGUCGCCAUGGGGCAGUUGGUCAUCAAAUGUAGUGUUACUUGUGGAGUCCAGUAACAACUUCAACGAUCAAGAGCUUUGUGACAAUCCGGCCCCGCAGUAUGGAGGAUUGUCAUUGUGCUGGGCCUUCAUCUUGAAAGCAGAUCAUGUGAUCUUUAAAGCAUGUCCAGGGUAA